AUGUUGCGCGAAACUGUCGAGGCUUGGGAGCAAGCAGCCUCCAGCGGGAAAAGGAUAGAAGAAGCCUACGUUCUCACGGGCCAAUAUACGCUAGGAAACCUCGCCAACGACCUAGCCGAGUGCGAGUCUUUGACUCAGAUCCGUGUUCUCGAGGUUCUGUCCCUCUGUUUAAAGAGGAUCGACCGCAUAGAUCAAGGGCCGCAAGAUGAGGAACCCAUCCAGCAUCUCGCGAACCAUGCUGCCGGGUUUUUGCACAACCCCGCUGCCUCGUACUGUGUCGAUAGUCUUGCCUUGGCGGAAACUGCGUUGGAUGUUUUGAGGAGUCUCGUUGUCGGCUUUUCUGCGCAGCUCGGCCAAGAAGAUUUGAUUCGUGUAACCGCCUACACCAACAACCAUGACACCUGGACAACCUCAGGCGCCGCGUCGAGCGCCGAGGACAUACUACGCCACUCCCUGAAUGACGACACGAGGCGUAAAUUCAUCGAAUCCACGGUACUGGAGCAUUUUAUUCGGCCUAUCUUUUCUCGGGCCACCUCAAGCCGCAUCACCUCGACUGGGAGGAAGGCUUUUUUCAUCGACGAUGAUAAGAACUGGGCCUCUCAGUCAGCCAUCAAUGCAACACAGCCUUGGAAAACCACACAGAUUCACGCCAUCACGGUCUUCAACUGGGCCGUAGAACAUGCCGAUGAAUCUCUAGUCAGCAAGUGCUGGCCACUAUUUACUCCAGUUCUGCUAGCCUUGAUGGACGACACAGAGACAAAAUUUAAGCGGAAGGGCCUUCUCGUGCUACACAACUUCGUCUUAAGAUGCCCAGCCCGCCUCCUCGGCGACACGGGCCUCGGCGAAAUAUUCCAGCAGUCCGUGUUCCCCUCGCUGCUCUCCCUCCCAGGCUCGACGCCCGAGGAUGAGUCACUGCAACUGCUCGUACCAGCCUACAACGCCAUCAUGCAGCUGGCCGAGGCCCAGUUCCCCGACGACGAAGCCAGACCCCAAAAGACGAAACUUCUGGUUAAGCUACUGACGGAGGGUAUACUUGCUGGCUACUGGCACGCGUCUGAGAACUUCUGUCCAUGGUCUCCGCCAUUAUGA